AUGCAUCAACAGCUUCAUGCUAUUAGGCGCCGUUCGAAAAUGACGUCACACUUCCAGGGUGGGGGACGGGGUAAAAGCGUUUGUGACGAUUUGUCACAGAUAAUCUUCGCAGAUGAUUCCACCGAGUCUGGAAAGGCUCCAUAUAAUAUUAGACAUAUAGAAACUUCAAACAAAAUACUUCUGGCCAUAGAUAAAUUAGAAAAACCUUUUUGGAAUGCAGUUAACGCUAUGAAACCAAAAGGAAAAGAUACUGACGAAAUAAAGUCAUAUAUAGCAAAUUGUAUGUCACAGCCUGAAAUCCUUAAAGAACACUUUAAAAUCUAUGGUACUACGGCGGACAAAUGUGACAAGUGCUAUGAUGAAUUUGACAAAUCUAAGAAUAUUAAGGUUGCGGACAAGUGCUGUGAUAAAGCUCUUGAUGAGUACGUUAAAGCGGAAAAACCUGCUGAAAUCGACCUGUUAAUAGGCGCCGAAUUCUUUUAUCAGCUUUUAUGCUCAGGUCAAAUUCGGGUCAAGGGUCAAUCAGCUGUAUUUCAAGAAGCUCGUUUAGGAUGGAUUCUAGCUGGUCGUCUUUCAAGCGAUCUGUUUUCCAAAUCAUUUCAAAGCACUUGUAAUUUAAUAAAAUUUCAAGAGUUACCUAUUCUUUGGGAACUAGGUAACGAAUCCAUUUCUAACAUCAGGUCAAAGGAAGAAUUGGCCUGUGAAGAGUAUUACAAAAAUACCAUUCGAAGAGAAGUUUCAAGCAGAUAUUGCGUCAAACUUCCUUUCAAUGACAAACGAGACUCCCUUGGAAACUCACGAAACACAGCUCUGCCGCGUUUUCAUGCACUCGAAAGAAGAUUCGAGAAAGAUCCUGCCCUCAAGGAGCAAUACACUGCAUGCAUUCAAGGUUAUUUUAAAGAGUUACACAUAAAAUCAAUUUCAAGCAAUGAACCGAACAAUCAGGGUUACUAUCUUCCGCAUCACGCUGUUGUCAAGACUUGCAGUCUUACGACAAAAACAAGAGUCGUUUUUGACGGCUCCGCAAAAACGACAACGGGAAUCUCGUUAAACGACUCACUGAUGGUCGGUCCGACUAUCCAAGAGGAUCUUUUCUCAAUCAUAACGCGGUUCCGAACCUUUCAAUAUGCACUCACUGCCGACAUCGAACAGAUGUACCGGCAGGUUGUAAUUUCAGAAGAGGAUACUCGUUAUCAAAAAAUCCUCUGGCGUAAAUCUCGUGACGAGCUAAUUGAAACGUACUGCUUAAAUACAAGAGAUUUCUAUGUUGACGAUCUUUUAACGGGUGCGUCAACUUAUCAAGAGACAGUUCAAAUUCGAAACGAAUUAAUUGAGAUUUUAAAAAAGGGGGGUUUCCAUAUUCGAAAAUGGGCAUCUAAUGAUUCUCAAUUGAUGAACUUUUUUUCGGACGACCACUCCAAGGCUUUCAUGUCUUUGGACCCCUCGGAAACUAUAAAAACUUUAGGAAUUCACUGGGAUGCUGUAGCUGACUCAAUCACCUAUACUGUCAAUGUGGCUGAUACUAGUAAACCUAUCAGUAAACGUUCAAUGCUGUCACAGAUUUCAAAACUGUUCGAUCCAUUGGGACUACUCGGUCCAGUUAUGGUGAUAGCAAAGAUAAUAAUCCAACAGCUUUUGAAACUUCAACUCACAUGGGACACUCUGAUUCCAGAGGAGUCUCAGGAAUUUUGGAAUCGCUAUCAGAAUCAGUUGCAGCUUCUCAAUAAUAUUGAAUUCAGUCGCUGCGUGCUAAUCCCAAAUGCAAUCGAAAUUCAGCUGCAUGGAUUCUGUGACGCGAGUGAGAAGGCCUAUGGAGCCUGUUUCUACUUUCGCUCAAAUGAUCCGCAAGGCAAUCAUCAAAGUAGCCUCAUCUGUUCGAAGUCACGAGUCGCACCUUUAAAAACUACAACUAUACCUCGAUUAGAGCUCUGCGCAGCGAAUCUCUUAUCAAGCAGUCCUUCUCACACCUUGAAAACCUUCGUUGCUAAUAGAGUUGCUGAAAUACAAGCAGCAACUCAGGCUCAAGACUGGUUUCAUGUUCCUACACAGGAUAACUCUGCUGACCUACUUUCACGUGGUCCAUUCCCUGAAGAGUUCCUUCGAAACACCCUUUGUACUCACGGGCCUCGAUGGCUGAGUCAAGGCAGAGACACGUGGCCCCAGUUAUCUUUUAAAAAACACAAGGUCCCAAAAACGCGCAUUAAUUCUUCAACGCUGUCGUGUAAACUCAUUCAGGAAAAGAGGCCAGCAAACAAAUUGCUUAAACGUUUUAGCAAUUACAAAAGGCUAGAAACCAUGGUAGCGUAUUGUUUACGCUUUAUAAACAAUUGCAAAAAUAAAGAUCCCACAACCAGACAAACGAGCGACCUGUCCACGAGAAUCAUCAAGGUAGGUGGUAGAUUGGCAAACGCUAAUGUGCUAGAUUCUCAUAAACAUCCCAUAGUACUUCCAAAACAUCAUCACAUUUCAAAAAUCAUCAUUCGCGAUGAACACAUUGAUCGUAUGCAUGCCGGGGUUAACGCCACGCUUUAUGGUGUUCGCGAAACCUUCUGGCCAAUAGACGGCCGUAAUACUGUGCGAGACGUGGUUCGACAAUGUAUACGAUGCUUUCGAGCGAAACCGAGCGUUUACGAGCGUUCUCGACCGUUUACCGACGUGGGGGUGGAUUAUUGUGGUCCUUUUUUCAUUAAGGAACGCCUACAUCGGAAUCGCAUUAAAAUAAAAACCUAUGUUUCAAUCUUUGUUUGUCUUGCUACCAAGGCUGUUCAUUUAGAACUAGCCUGCGAUUUGUCAACCGAGGCCUUUCUGGCUUCUUUAAAGAAAUUUCUUGCGCGAAGAGGAUUGCCUAACUCAAUUUCAUCCGACAAUGCUACUAACUUCGUCAGUGCUGACAGACAGCUUCGCGAACUUUAUCAUCAAAUUGAUUCAUUCGAGAAAAACAAGGAAACUCAAGCCUUCCUUUUAAGGAAGGAGAUUAACUGGCGUUUCAAUCUUCCGCGAGCUCCUUAUUUCGGGAGUCUCUGGGAGGCCGCGGUUAAGUCUUUUAAAAACCACUUUACGCGAAUUGCAGGAAACACUCUCUUAACCUACGAACAGCUCCAAACGUAUGUCGCUGAGAUUGAGGCAAUCCUGAACUCGCGUCCUUUAUCUCCCUUGUCCUCCGAUCCCAACGACCUUCUUCCUUUAACCCCAGGUCAUUUCCUGAUUGGGACCUCUCUGACGAGCUUUCCGCAACGAGACAAGCGUAACAAUCCAGCUAAUCGCUUGAACUGCUGGGAACUCGCUCAGCAAAUGCGUCAUCAUUUUUGGGACAGAUGGCAUCGAGAGUAUUUAGGUGAAUUAAUUUCACGUAGCAAGUGGAAAACAGCUACCAAGCAAGAGGAUAUCGAGAUUGGAACUCUUAUUGUUAUCAAGGAAGAAAAUUUGCCACCGAUGAACUGGAAAAUUGGACGAAUCAACGAAGUUCAUCCAGGUCAAGAUGGAGUAAUUCGAGCAGUCACAGUUUGA